GGUUCGUGCAUGUAUGCAUGGUACUGUACUGUACAACGUCACUUCUGGCAGAAGAUCGUCGCUCCAAUGUGCCCCGAUCCCCCGCAAUCCUUUUGUUUCUGCUUGACGCUCUGGAAGCCGGUACAAGUGCCGCCUCCCAGUGUCCCGCCUCCCACAUCUUUCCUCCGGGUUUGCUCAUAAUUCAUAACAAGUCCCCCUCCCUCAACAAUAGCCCUUCCCUUCCUUCUGAUGCACCCGGACUCCGUAUUUUAUCCCGAAAGUGAUGGCGACCGAAGACUUCCCACUCAAGCAAGGGAGCCGCGAAGCGGAUGAGCUGGAGAAGCAGGGCAGCAGUGACGAGACGGUCGUCGGGAACACGAAUCUCACACGGAAGCUUCUGUGGAAGCUCGACACCAGAAUCCUUCCCGUGCUCGCGCUGCUCUUCCUGUGCUCGUUCCUCGACCGCACCAACGUUGGCAAUGCGAGACUGUACGGCCUCGAGGACGACAUACACAUCACCGACCACCAGUACGACGUGGGGCUGGCCGUCUUCUACGCGAGUUACAUCUUCAGCGAGGUGCCCAGCAAUCUGGUCCUGAAGAAGGUCACGCCGCGGGUGUGGCUCCCGCUCCUGACCUGUGCCUGGGGCAUCAUCUCCAUGUGCCUCGGCUUCGUCCAGAACUUUGCAGGGUUCGUGAGCGUGCGGACCCUGCUCGGGCUGGCCGAGGGAGGCCUGCUUCCUGGAAUGGUCCUGUAUCUCUCCGGCCUAUAUACCCGAGGAGAGCUGGCGCUCAGGAUCGGGCUCUUCUACACGGCCGCCUCUCUCUCGGGCGCGUUCGGCGGCCUGCUGGCGCGCGGGAUAGCCGAGAUUGGGACGAGAGGUGGACUCUCGAGCUGGAGGUGGAUCUUCGUCAUCGAAGGCUUGCUGACUAUUGUGGCAUCCAUCGUCGCCUUUGUGCUGCUACCCAAUAGCGUCGCCGAGGCUAGGUUUCUCACCCCCGAGGAGAAAGAGCACGCUGUCCAGAGACUCAGAGGAGGAGAGAGCGGCAGUGGAACUGAGGAGUCCGAAGUUGUGGAGAAAUUCUCCUGGGGGGAGGUUAUGCGUGGAAUCUUUGACCUCCAGACUUGGCUCACAGCUUGCGCAUACUUUGGGAUCCUGGCCGGGCUCUACUCGUUCGGGCUCUUCCUUCCGACGAUUAUCGCGGCCUUCAACUACACUCCUAACGAAGCCCAGCUCUGGUCCGUCAUCCCGUAUGCCGUUGCGGCGGUCGUUACAGUCCUCGUUGCCCUUGUCUCGGACAGGCUCAAGGUCCGAGGCAUCAUCAUGCUAUUUACCCUGCCCGUCGCCAUCAUCGGCUACGCUGUCAUCGCCAACACCACAAACGCCAAGGUCAAGUACGGCAUGACGUUCCUGAUGGCAACCGGCCUGUACAGCAGCGUCCCGCCGGUCCUGGGCUGGCUGUCUAACAACUCGGCCGGCCACUACAAGCGGGCAACCGUGUCGGCUCUGCAGCUGGCGAUUGCCAACUGCGGUGGGUUCGUCACCGUGUUCAUAUACCCCAAGGUGCAGGGGCCGCAGUACCACAAGGGCCACACGAUUGUCCUGGGCUUGCUGUGCGGCGGGUGGUUCCUGAUCUUGCUCAAUGUCUUGCACGUGGCAAAGAUCAACCGGGAUAAGGCGAGAGGGAAGUAUGAUCAAUUCAGGGGCUAUGGCGACGACCGCGAUCCCGAUUUCAAAUUGGUCACUUGAGCUUUUCCGGCAGAUCAGGGCGGCUUGGGAAUUGGACCAUCUCAGGCUGGGGAGCGGUCAGGUAUUAAAAAAGUUCCAAGCCGGCGACAUCUCUUCGCAUUCCAAUGCCAACUAUCCCCGACCAAGCACCAAACCAUAGCUAACUGGGGAGGACGCAAGACGGAAGUGGGGUUAAUAUAAUAAAGGGAUAAUAUUUCGAUACACGCUCGAAGAGAUCCAGAUAACUCCAAAAGAAUCCGGGGGCGGGCCGGGAUCGAAGCGGCGCCCCUUUAAAUUGACAAUUGAAGUCAAGCCCCAGUCUAACGUGAGCUCAACAACAACACCAUCCAUAUCCCGAUUGAUUCUAGACCAACAUUUGCGCGGA